AUGGUGGUUGAUACCGCAUAUUACGACUUGUUGGGCGUCGCUCCUGAUGCCAAAGCUAUAGAAAUAAAAAAGGCUUAUCGGAAAAAGUCUAUUCAAGAGCACCCUGAUAAAAAUCCUAAUGACCCGAGCGCUACAGAGCGAUUCCAGGCUAUAUCGCAGGCGUACCAAGUUUUGAGUAAGAACGAACUGCGUGCAAAGUAUGAUAAGUUUGGAAAAGAAGAAGCGAUCCCAAAGGAAGGAUUUGAAGAUGCUGCUGAGCAGUUUUCGAUGAUUUUUGGUGGUGAUGCCUUUUCCUCUUAUAUCGGAGAGCUGACUCUUCUGAAAAAUCUACAGAAGACCGGAGAGCUUAGCGCCGAGGACGAACAGGAUGAGGCAAAUGAGAAAGCAAAAUCUGAAGAGGAAAAGGCCGAUCUAGACGACUCAAACCGUGCGGCUGAAACUCUAAAGAAACUGCACAUAUCCGAAUCUUCCGAGAAAGCUCAAGAAAAUGCUACCGAAAGCGCUCCCGAGAAACCUAAGAAGAAGACGAAACUUGAAGCAUUCGAAGAAGAACAGAAAAUCGAAAAGGAACGGAGUAUAGAAGAACUUAGCAAGCUGCUAAGUGACCGGCUUUCGAUUUUGACGGAAAGUGACUAUAAUGCAGCUUGCAAGGAGUCCUUUGCAAAGAAAUUCGAGGAAGAAGCGAAUAUGCUAAAAAUGGAAUCGUUUGGCCUUGACAUUUUGCACACUAUAGGCUAUGUUUAUUGCGACAAAGGCCAGAUCUUUCUGAAAUCGCAACACGUAUGGGGAUUUGGAGGUGUGUUCCAGUCGAUCAAGGCAAAAAGCGGCGUUGUUAUGGAUACCCUUAAAACCGUGUCUGCUGCCUUAGACGCGCAAAAUACGAUGCAGGAGCUUGAGAAACUGAAGGCGGUUGCCGAAUCAAAUGAAAUUCUACGAGAUGACAAAGGCCAGGAAAUAGCUAAGCCGACACAAGAGGAACUAGCUCAACUAGAGCAGCUGCUGAUGGGGAAAGUCCUUUCAGCAGCGUGGCAUGGCUCCAAAUUCGAAAUUAUGUCUACACUGAGAUCCGUCUGCGACAAAGUUCUAGAAGAUAACCAAACCGACAAGAGAACCUUGAUAAGAAGAGCAGAAGCACUAGUGAUAUUGGGCAAGGUCUUCAAGAAAGCUCUACGUUCUAAAGUGGAACAAGAAGAAGCACAAAUAUUCGAGGAACUCGUGGCUGACGCCACUAAAAAGAAAUCAAGGCAUAAGUGA